CAGCGUGGAAAGGAGCAGCGACUUGACCGGUGGGGGAUAGUAGGGAGGAGUGUCCUGUAAGCAUGGCGGCUAACAUAUCAGCGUUGUCAGUGCCCCCUCCUCCGUCGUUGGAAGGGUCCGGAGUAGUGGGAGGAGGGCCGCCAAUUAUCCCACCUGGUAACGUCCAAGUGGAGAGCGACAGCGACAGAAUCAGGACGCUGCUCGAUAUGUGCUUCGACGACGGAAUUUUUCCCAAAUCGAAUAUCAAUUUCGGAGCAACUGAGAUCGGCGAUGGUGUUGGGGUGCUAACACUUAGCGAUGAAGUAGAUGCAGCAACGGUCAAUUGGCUGAAGGCUAGGACAGUGAUAGUCAUAUUUGAUGAGCCGGCCAUUAACCUAAGCGUAAACCAGAGGGAGAGGCUGAUUAGGGUGUACGAAGACGCAUGGUAUACAGACCCAACGUUGAACCCCACGCAGAAGAGGGAACGCACGCAUGGGGAAGGCCCUAAUGUCAUGUUGGACGUAGCGAGGUCGGAGAGGAUCGCCCAAUGGAUGAUUAUGAAGGGGGAAGACCGCAUCCCCUCCAGGAACGACACAAUCAAGGUGUUAUUUAAUCCUUGGAUGACUAAGUCCGAGUUGGACGAGAUGAGGGAGUCGGAUAGAGCAGGGAAAUUUCGGACAAUUGCGUCGGGAGUUCCGCUUGAAGCUCUCCCUUCACUUCGCUAUGCAAUUGAGCGGCUCAUGGGCUGGAUCCUGGUCAUGCUUCCCGCGGGGAAACGUCCCGAAGAACCAAGACUAGGAAAUAUCAGGAUUGACUGCGCCCCAGAAAUUCGGCAAACCUUCAUGGAGUGGGUAGUGGUGAGAAAGCCGAGUGGGUGUCAUCUGGAAGUGCAGUUCGGGAACCAAGACACGACUUUCUGUAACAAGUGCCUUUGCUGGUUCCAUGAUGAGUUUGAAACAGAAUGUCCACGCUUUAACGAACCAAUGCCAGAAGAUCGGGCAAAGAGAGGAAGGGGAAGAAGUAGAGAGAGAGGGGGAAAAGGGAGAGGGUUAAGAGCCCCGGAGGCUGGAAGAUCCCAGGCGGAAGGAGGAGGAGGAGGAGGAGGAGGAGGAAGAGGCGGAGGGGGGAGAGGAGGGGGUGCCUCUGCCCCCCCUCCCAUGUCUCCUAUCCCCCUCGUCGUAGGACAACAACGUGGUAAACAGGCCGCUCUUCAGGCAACAACGAGUGCCCCCUCAGCAAGUGGAUGGCUUGGUGUAGGGGGAACUACUCACUCGUCUUAGCUGACCUUAAUGGUGCCUUUUGUACCUCUCAACCCCCGGGGGAGGGAUAUGGCGAUCAGUGGGAGCGGUA